AUGAAUCACAAGCAUAGGGGCCUUGCACUGGUCUCCAUGGAAGCUGGUGGACCCAUGGCGGGAAGAAAACUGGGAGUCCUUCAGGAACGCGAAGGUGGUGGAGCCACUUCGAGAGAGCUUCUUAUGCUGCCCAAUAUAGGCGCGGCCUGCUGCAGCAGCAGCAGCUGUAGCAGCAGUAGCAGCCCAGCAGCAACCGAUGAGCCUGCUGAGGACUGGACCUCCACGGAUAUUCUCUUAGAAAACCCCAUAGCUAGUGAGUAUCGUACAUGCUAUUGCUGCCUAGGCACUGGCUGCAGCCGCUGUCAAACAAACAACAACGGGACCAUUAACAGUUCUAAGAACACUAGUCGUGGUAUCCGUGGAAGCUUCAAGUGGUGGGAUGAUAAAAGCGGCGCCGGCAACAGCAGCUGUUCAAAUCUUGGGAAGUGCACAGAUGAAAUCGAUUGCACUACAAUCUGCACGGUAUCUAGCCCGAUAGAUGUACAACGAUCGUCCAUUAUCGAGCAUUCCAGCCGCACGGUUAAGUUCAGCAGCAGCCCAGGCGACAGCAGCAAUAACACCCACGGCAGCAACACGAGUGAAGGCCUUGACUCCAGGGAGUACAAAUGGCGCGGCUGUUUAAAGCUUCUGCUUAAACGGGUAGUUGAGCGUGACGGUACAGGCAAUAGCCGUAGCAGCAGCAGCAAAAGUGAAAGCAACUACAACGGGCUCCAAGAACCUGGGAUUGCUUCCUCUGCCACGAAGGAGCAGCAAGGCGCAGCACUCAAUGACUUGGUAACCGAGACUCCUAAGCUUGCCUCUGGAGCCCAAGAUGCCAGCUGUAGAGCAGUCUCUCUAAGCAAGUCACCUCUAAGAGGCAUUGGACGAUGCCUCCAAGAGCAUCCACGAAAGGAGGGCCCACACGAAUCAGACGUUGAUAAACACGGCGCCGCAGUAGGGGCAGCUGUGGCAGGUGCUUCUGAAACUGGUGCAGCCCCGGCCAUAGAACACCACCAGCACCAGCAGAAGGCCUUGCUCAGAACCACAGAAGGACAUAGCAGCGUUGUCAAACUAAUGCCAAGCAGCGACAAAUGCCGAAGCGACUCCACGCGUUAUGACCUGAAGCAACAUUUCACGCCUUCUCCAGUCGGGCACGGCAGUAGCAAUAUUCCAGCAGCUUUGACAUCGGUGUCAGCGGCUGAUCCACAACCGAUAACAGGAACACCAAGGCCAGCAGUAGCAACGCCAACCGCAACAGAUUCAACACAAUCAUCAGAAGCGGAGACAUCAAGAGCUGCACUGCUGGUCUCAACAGAAAGGCCCAGAGCAGCGGCAACACCAGUAGUAGUAGUGGCGCCAGCACGACGUGCAGCAGCAGCAACGCCGACGGCGGCGGAGUCAGCUGCGUCUGCCACUGUGUCACCGUCUUUACCAUCGCGUGCAUGUUUCUCAACAGCUGCUUGUCAGCAUGGACUCCCCUCGUUUGAGCCCCGGUUGUGUUACUGUCUGGAACACCUCUUGGCGGGUCUUUGCUGGGGCCACCACUGCAUUUGUGGAUCACUACAGGACUGUGUGUUGUGGGGAAGUGGAGUUUGCCGCAGAGUGGAUAGUCACCUCGUGAAUCCCCAGCAAGAACUCGAGCUUUUGCUGCAGCAUGCAGCCUUAGCAUCCCCGGCUGCGGCAGAGGGAUCCCCUCAAUUAGCAGCAACGAAGAAGGUUUCAGAUGUAAGUGGAAGGCAGAGGGCAUUUGUUCCGCAGCAAUUGUCUUAUUGGGGUCCACAUUCACCCGUGCAAGGGCGUCCCUGGAUUCCAAGUAGUGUAUCUCCCCUGUUGCUUAGCAGCAGCCGGUCAGCGGAAGGACGCACCCAAGCAAGCGCAUCAGGGAGUUUCUCAGGAGCUGAAGAGACCGACGGGCAGUUCCCACGGAAGGGUCGCCACCUGCCGUCGUUUUCGGAACCACACAUAUCUAUAAGUGACUGGGGGGAUCCUGCGCAUCAGUGGGUUGCUCCCCUAAGAACAGAUUUUGAAGCAAUGGAUAGUAGCAGUACCACCAGCAGUAUCAGCUGCAGAACAAACAAAGCAAGCCCUGGAGAUUGGGUUCCUUUCAAGAAGAAUGGAAUAAGUGGAACAAACUGUGUUGGAGAGGACAAAGAAGAUAUUCAAAAGCCAGUUGGGGUGCUUGCACCUUUACUAGGAUUCGGACAGCCUCUGAGGGCAGGCUCUGCAGCAGUGAAUCGAUACCCCAGGACAGCCUUGUCAGCUGAUUCCUUCGUGAGCUCUGGGGCUCAGUGGUUCGGGUCCUCAGAGGACGAGGCAGGGGAAAGCGGGACGGAGGGGUCAGGGAGGCCACUUAUGCCGCGCUCUAGUUGCAGCCCUCGCUUCUGCAGCCGUAAAGCGCUAGAAGGGUCGAAGAUCUACAAUGGAGAGCUGAGGAGGAGAACAGAGGGAUUAAUCAGGGAGAGAGACAGAGUAGUUGAUGAACACAGAACAAGCAGAGACCCCAGGCAAACCAUCUUGCUUGCUUCAACCAACAGAGCCACUGGGACGAACUUCUCUGUAAGGCCCAACUCUCACCAACGUGCGCACUCCCCAUCCGGGGGACCCUGCAGUGGACACGAAGACAUCUGGGGAGACGUUAGAGAGUCUGACUGCACAACAAGGGCCACAGGGGCAAUUGAAAGCGACUCAAAUUCCGGUGGAAGCCGCUGGAAAGAAGCUGGUAGAGAUGCUACCGGCAGCAACAACAACCAUCAGGCAGUGCUAGAAAUCGCUGCAGUGCCCGUAAGAACCCGCAAGGGAUUUCGGAAGCCACUUCCCUUGCCACCCGAGAUGCUAGCUGCCAUUGCAUCUGCCGGGCCAAGGAGGCCAGUGGAUCCCGUGCUGCAAUAUGACGGAGAAAGCAGAGAAUGGAGGGUCUUUUGGAUGGAGGAACCUCAAGCCAGAUAUAAAGUGUUUCAGUCAAAGAAGUUUGGCAAAGAAAGAGCACAGCAACUGGCCCUAGAGUGGCUUCACCGCGCAAAGGCAGGUGCCAUACAUGGGUCUGGGAGAGGGCCCAGGGUAGGGGGCCCUUCGGCUUAUCGUUUCAAACGAGGUCGACAUGAGGGGCUCCAUUUGGCUACAGAAUACAAGCAUGGAAGUCCCGAAACCUUGCAUUUGUCCACCCCUCAGUCCGGUCUCGAGCUGUCUCCUGAGGGUUCACCGGCUCUUGCCCCCUUUCCGACUGCCAUCGCAGACCUGUAA